AUGAUGCACCCAACACAGGAGACAGCCGACCCGCCGCCGUCCUCACAACCACACCCUCCGUCCGAUGACCCGUUCGACGACUUCCUCUCCCCAACCCCCAUCCCCGCCGUUAUCCCCGCCACCGUGUCGUUCGGCACAGCCGGCGGCAAACGCCUAAAGGGACCUAGCGCGGCUGCCCUCCAGCGUGCGCAGAAGUUGAUGCGCGAAGCGGAGCGAGAGGUCGAGGAGCAGGAAGCGAAGAGGAGGAAAACGGAGGAGGAGCGCGAGAAGAAAGCGGAGGAAGUGUUGAAGGGGUUCCCGCCGGCUCCAAGUUCCAGUUCGUCGACUUCACGAGAUGGCACGAUCGCCCACGGAUCAACAAGCCGGCCACCACCUCCGCCUGAAACACCAACUUCUGGAUUCUCAUUAGGGACAGGAGGGAGUGCACCCCGACCGAGUGCGGAACGUCUCGCGGCUGCAAGGGCCUUACUCGACCAGCCGGCUUCCUCAUCACCGCACACAGUUUCAUCCCCAACUCGUCCAUCGCCGCCGUCCGGAUUCACGUUAGGCUCGGGACGAUCGGCACCCCAGCCGUCAGCUGCCAGCCUGGCGGCCGCCAAGGCGCUCUUCGACGAGCCAGCACCAGGGUCUCCGAAGCCGCCACCGACCCCCGGGUUCCUGCUCGGCACGGGGCGUAGUGCACCCCAACCCAGUCCGGCGAAUCUGGCGCGUGCCCGGGCAUUGCUCGACGAUGAGCCUCUCACGCCCGCACGGAGUACGCCGUCUCGUGCUCCGCUGCGGCCGACGACUAACACUUUCGACUCACCCGUCGCCACCCCGAUGAAGGCGAAGCUCGGGUCACUGGGGUCACCAGCCACGCCGAGGCGGAUAGGACUAGGCAGCCCCGCGCGAGGACGAAGAAAGCCGUUCUCAUCUCCAUUCAAGGCGCCCGGAGCGGCCCGGCCUCUACCUGGCUCCGGACUGAGGGCGCCAGCGCUCGUCCCACCGAAACCGGAAAGGAUCUGGAAGUCGGUGUUCGACCUAACACCGCCACCGGAACGACAAAACAUGCGCGACGCCGGGCUACAGCCCGGCCGGUAUUCGAUCAGUGACCUCGAGAAGCUGGAAAUCGAGAUCUGGCAACUAGACGUGGACAAUGCGGCCGACUACGAGUUCUUCGAGGCGUCAGCCGGUGUGCGUCUCGGUGUGCGACAAGCGUUCGACGUCCUUAAGGCGGACGGGGCGGAGCUCGCGACCGAGCGCUGGGUCACGAACCACUGGGGACUGAUCCUGUGGAAGCUCGCGGCGCAAGUUCGCGCAAAGCCGUCGCUCAUCGACGAGAAAUUCACGUGGACCGAAACCAUCCACCAGCUCAAGUAUCGUCGGCAUGAAGCUCGGCAUCGCGGGCGCACAGCUGGCAACGACGGAACCGAAGUGCUCGAUGCGUAUGGCAAGUCCUACCUCUCGAUCUCGGGGAACUCGACGCACCCGGCGCCAUGGGAUGCCCGACUCGGCGUGCAACGAGCACCCUUUGUGUGCGGUCUGUCCAGCUUGGCCGUCGACGGAGGAGUCGUUGCGCUGCUCGACGUCGUCGUAUCGUUCGCGCACCCGAUCGGGUUCCAGAAUAAGAACGACCCACGGGAUACCUGGAACGAGGACGAGGAAGAAGUCCGCGCGCGGGAAUACAAGUACGAGUCCGAGUGGAACCGGCUGCAGGAGGACAUGCGUCGAAACCUGGAACGGGCGGAAGAGCUCGCCUCUCUCCUCAGGGACUACGCCGAGGACGUCGACUACGUUGCCGGUUCUCAACCCCCGGACGAUCUGGACGGACACUACGACGAGCUGCUCGAGUCACCAAACCCGUCAGGCGUUCUGCGCAAGCUCUCGGGUGCGCUCGUGGUGCACCUGGCACGCUACGCCGCUCGCCGCUAUAACGAAGCGGUGCAGGAGGAGCGGUGCGUCAUCGAGUCCACGCUGCGGGAACGCUGUCCGCCGCGCGCCGUGCGCAACUUCCGCAUCAUCCGCGUUGAGGACGCGCGCCUGGGCUCCAAGCCGAAGAGGAGGACGUGCCAGAUCACCAUCCCGGAUGCUGUAACUUGCGGUCUCGACUUGAGCGUCGGGAAGAGGUAUCAGAUCAGCAACCUCGUACCGAACCGGAGGGGAGACUGGCGGUGGCCCGUUCGUCAGGAUGCGACGGCCGAGAUCGCCCUUCACGCACGCAGGAACACGAGAUGGAAGCUUGUUGAGGACGGUGAGAGCAAGCAUUAG